AGACUUAGUAACACUGCACUACAAUCAAAGAUUGCAAACCAAACCGCGCGGCGCGCGAAUGUUUUUUUAUAUUUCGCGUUUUGGGCUGUGAUUUUGAGUUAUAAUUGUCAAUUGAAGUUGAACUGUACGAUUAAAAUUAAAAAAUACUACUGUUUUAUAAAUGAGCCAUGGCCACCUACAAUAAAACUCUAAAGUUAAUAGCCAUCAAGCUGGGACUUGGUGAUGAAGAAAAAGUAACAAAUAAAGCUGCAGAAUUUGAACGUUUAUUGCAAACAAAAUCCAUUGCAUACAGUAAUAUGACAGAAAUCAGUAAAACUGUCAUAUGUUUGGAUCUUGCUGCAUCUAUUUUUGGUGCUAAUUUGGAUAAUAAAACAGCAAUUAAGUACUCGGGCUUGAGAGGUCCCACAUACAUGAACUGCAGAAAGAUAGUAGAGAAUCUUCUAGAAUUGAACUGCAAUAGACUGACAGUGUCAUUCCUGUGCGUCUCACUGCAAUGUACUGGAGUGCAGACUUUGGCUGAGAACAUAUUAGAAGAGUACCAGAGGCAAAAGGGUAAAAUUGAUUCAAGUUUACCACAAUACGUUUGCAUGGCUGUGUAUCAAGCUUGCAGGUUAAACAAAGUUAAGAUAUCAAAAAGUAAACUGAUGGAAAAAUCUAGACUAAAACCAGGACAAUGGACAAAAUUAGAUGCUGACUGGACAAAAAUUGUAGAUGAAAAAUUUGCUAAUGUUAAAAAGAGUGGUAGAACACCAAAAAAUGCAGGAAAAGUUUGUGUUGAAAGUGAAAAAAUGGAAGUGGAUGUGCCACGUCCAAGUAAAGAGAAAGAAGAAUCUGCAAUAGAACCUUACGAAGAUUGGAAGAAACGCAUGCUCGAAACUGCUUACAAAGAACUGAAACAGUUAGAAGAAAAGCAGAAAAAAGAAGAGAAAGAGAGACAAAUAAAAGAAAAUCAGUUAAUGGAGGUAGAGUUUACAUCGCCUAGACGGUCGCCGAGGAAGACGCCGCAAAAGUUUUCGCCAUACAAAAGUCCAGCGAAACCUCAGUUAAAAGAAACGUCCAAAGGGAAAUAUAUAAGCGUUCUGCUUUUGGGAGAAGGAUUGAUCGGAGAUGCGACAGUCAUGAUUGAAUUUACGGCUGUUUUUGGAUAUUUAGCACUCGCAAUAACUGAAGCUUCUCAGCUAUCGUUGUUACUUCUCCGAUUUGCUGGGGGAGGUGCAUUAUUGGGGAUUGUUAUGGGCAAAACGAUAUCCGCAUUUUUAUCUUUGACGUAUUACGAUUUGCCUUGUGCCGUGACUAUAACUUUGGCUGGGGCUUAUCUUACGUUUUAUAUUGGGGAGAAAUAUUUCUACGUUUCUGGUUUGUUGGGCACUGCGAUAGCUGGCGUGAUUGUUAGCACGCGCAAAUCAACUCUUGCUGCAGAUGUUGAACAAUUUGUUUCAUAUUUCUGGAGUAUAAUGGCGCAUAUUGCGAACACCUUGAUCUUCACGAUCGUUGGUGUUGUGAUAUUUGAGAAAGUGACCUAUGUUAUCAGCGUUCGUCAAGUGGCUUUGAUCUUCGUCACGUAUACGACGGUGUACUUCUCAAGGUCACUGGUGUAUGCUAUAAUGACUCCUAUUUUAAGGCACAUUGGGUAUGGAAUGUCGUGGCAGCAUUCUAUGGCUUGUGUUUGGGGAGGCUUAAGAGGUCCACUGUCCCUCUGUUUAGCAUUGAUAGUGCUACAAACUCCAGCCGUAGCGGACGCAGGUGAAAUAUUCAUAAUUCAGACAGCGGGCCUGGUGCUCAUGUCUUUGCUUCUCAACGCAACGACCAUGUAUAAAGUGUUAAAAGUAAUUGGCUUAGCCGAAAUAUCUUUGGCUAAAAAAGCAAACAUGACCAACUGUGUGAAACGGAUCAUGGCGACGAGAGAUCGUUGCAUUUCGAUGUUGAAGAUCGACAAGUUCCUUGCGGAUGCCAACUGGGAUCUUGUGCAAAUAGGCACAACAAUCAAACAUCCAUACCAAAUCCAAAUGUCGAGGGAUGAGGAAACCGAUGAUGAUACUUACAUGGGCUAUCAUUACACUACUUGUCCAGACUGUGAGAGGGAAAUACCCAAUGAGCCGACGAAGAAGGAAUUUGCGGAAAUGAUGAGAGAAGCAAACCAACGUGUACUGAAAGCAAUGAAGAUUUCCUACUGGCGUCAAUAUGAACAUGGUAAGAUCAGCAAGGAUGGAGUGAGGACGUUAGUGCAAGCUGUUGAGGUGGCUGCUGAUGCGGACGAUGGAAGGGUCAAUUUAGAUCAACUGGCCACUUUGUGGAAACCUAAGGCCCAUGCAGUCUGGCUGCGUCGUAAGUUAGUAGACAUGAUGAUGCCAGACCCGGCCAAUGCCCAAAUCCCUCGCACGCCCUGGCGUCAAUGGUGCUUCAAUCUAGUUUCCAGUGUGUGGUUCGAUGGUUUCAUAUACGUGAUGAUUUUGUUGAACACCCCUGUCAUACUUUGUGAAGUGCUUCUGAAACCACCUGUGACGCAGACCGUUACAUUAACGAUCAAGUCUCUUAAUUUAUUCUUCUUCGUCAUCUACUUUAUGGAAAUGGUUGUGAAAUUUUUUGGUUUAACCAUUCGUGGAUAUUUCAAGUCGCAUUGGAAUAAAUUAGAUUUCUUUAUUGUCUUUAUGGCUACAUGCGAUUUGAUCCUUGACAUAAUAGAUGCUGUAACACCCUGGGAUAAGUGGAAUAAUUUAAACUCAAGCGUACUUACUGCCACAAAAUUGUUAAGAAUGCUUCGAUUCUUAAGAUUAUGCAAGUUGGCCAGAGUGUCUGUACCUAAAAUCAUGGCUUACAUCGAUAGGAUGAUAGAUUUACAAUUAGCAUUCGGUUAUGAUGUCGGAAAAGGAUUCGUAACUGGUGAACAAGAAGUAUGCUAUCUUCUUCCACAAUUAGUCGAUAAUAAACAAAUACAAGAAACACUUUAUAAUAAACUUGAAGUUGAUAGGUUAACGGUAACACGUCAGCUAGGAUUACUACAAAGGGAUCGUCCGUGGACAGCGAUAACUGUUAAAACGAGGCAAGCUACAACAUCGACUUUGAAUAUAAUGUUACUUGAUGCCAUGCAACUAAAGGAGGAAGGUUUCCUAGAUGAAGUAGAAUAUCGAUUACUGGUUAAUGCUAUACAAGAAAAGGUGCAAAUGUGUCGUCAUAAAGGAAGUUUAGUAGCCCCUGCUUCGCCUGAAACGCAGUUGCGAGCAGUUUCCUGGCUACAAGGAAAUGAGCGGGUUGCUGAUUUCUUUAUAGAAAACUCUGAAAUUCACAACUAUAACAUUAAUGAUAUUCUUGUAUCUCGGGGUGACCACCCAAAAGGUCUUUACAUCCUAGUGUCAGGUCUUUGUGAAGCCACUUAUACGCCACCAGACGAAAAUCUAGAUGAGGCCAUUCCUAAUUACGAGUUUCGAACAGACCUCAAGUUUGCGGAACCCAGCAAGGAUUAUAUCGUUUCGGGAAAUGUUAUUGGAGUUUUGGGGGUUCUUACGAAUCGACCUUAUAGUUACACAGCACGAUGCGAUUCAGCAGUACAGGCGUAUUAUAUAACGAUGCCAAUCGUCAAAGAAGCUUUUAAUCUAGCGCUACAUCCUAUUAUGGGAUUAGAAGCAGCAAUGUGGCGAGAGAUCGGUAUAAAAUUGUCUAUGAUGAUACUGCCUAUGGUGCCAGCGUACCACGGCUGGUCUAACGAGAAAGUCAGCAUGAGAUUAGAACACGGCUUUGUACCAUGUCUAAAGGCUUUUAAGAUAUUCGUGGUAAACGAGCUGAUGGAAGAUAUCGUUUUGCUCGAUGGUGUCUGUCAGGAUAUGGCUACGAGGGAGGUGUUCCUACCGCCUUGCUAUAUCCCGCGGACUGCCCAUCGUCUAAUAUUCCCCAAAUCCUCUCAAAUGGUUGUGAGCAGUUCGUGUCCAGAGACCAAGCUACUGAUCGUGCCAGCCAAGGACGCCGAUGAACUGGACAUCAUGGAAGACGAGAUGGACGAUUUACAAUGUGAACUGGUAUCAAACAUAUCCUCUCGCUGUUUGUACCACAAAGUGGCUCGGAAGCUUUCGUCCGAAUCGCGCGGCAAGAGCACCAUGAGGAUAAGAAGCAAGCGGCGCCGCGGGCCCAAACGAGUUAACUACAGGGAAUCCGUUUGGGGGAACAAGAUACCUACGUCGACUGCUGCAGUACCAUCCAUGUCCAGCACUCACAGUGAAAAGGAACUCACUUCCAAAUAUUACAAGCCAAGUUACAGUGAUAUACCAGAGAAACUUGAACAGCCGAAACGACGACCUUCAGAAGUGAGGCAGCAGUUAUUGGCGAAUGCUACGUCUCAGCCGUCUUCUUCCGUACCACUACAAGUGUCGGAAGUUGAGAUCUACAACACGAUGCUUUCCAAGAAUAAACGAAAGUCUACGUGUAGGGAAAAACUAACUAGUAACUAGGUAUAUUUGUAUAAAAUAUACAUAAAUAAAGUUGUGUAAUACAUAAUGUAA